AUGCUGCUGUCGGCGGUCUUCGUGCUGCUGCUGCUGGUCGCAGGACGCUGCAGCCGGAUGGAGCUGGUCGUCCGGACCCCGAAGACCCGGACCGAGACCCGGACCGAGACCUGGGCCAAGACCGAGAGGGAACUCAGCGGAGACGGAGUGAAGAGCCUGGAGACAGAGAGCAGGACACAGCCGGGACCGGAGGGUAAACACAGAGAUCCACGACACAAGGAGAAGUUCAUCAAACACCUGACAGGUCCUCUCUACUUCAACCCAAAGUGUAGGAAACAUUUCCACAGACUUUACCACGGCACCAGAGACUGCACGACACCUGCCUAUUACAAGAGAUGUGCUCGUCUGCUGACUCGUCUGGCCAGCAGCCCUCGCUGUGCGGAGAGAUAAACACCGAUCUUAACGAGGUUCUACCACUGACGAGCCAGAAGACGUUCUCCAGCCAAUAGAACCUCCUCAAACUCACCUCUCCUGUGUUCUACUGGAAUCUACUCUGCUGACGUCAACCUCAACGUUCAGACUGAGAAAACAUAAGGAUUUCUAUUUUUCCUCUGAUGGUUGGAGGUGAUUCUACUGGUUUCUAUUGACGCGGCAGGAUUUCUCUCUGGAUCGCUGCUUUAAAUCAAAACAAACGAAAACUAACGCAGGUUUCAACAGAGACUUUUUUUCUGGACCGAAUGUCUUUUUCAGCGUUUUCAUUUUAUUCUGGACUUGUUUUUUCCCGUUUGAAGCCUUUGGAGGAAAUAAAUGGACAAACCCUCUGAUCGGACAUCAGCUCAACUAUUCGUUGCCUUUUGUUUUGUCGUCCUGUACGACAGAAACAUAUCGUAGAUGCUGAAUGUGUUUUGUGUUAAUAAUAAAAACUAAUAAUA